GAUAUCGACGCUUUUGUACGGAAGAAAUGCGGAAGUUGGUGAUGUUGCACACAAAUGUUUAUAAAUGAAACACUGAGUUCUAAUUCAUUAAAUUGGUUUAAUUACUGAGUUAAGCUGAAACAGAAGUUUGUCAACCGGCUGUUUUUUUGUCAUCACAUACAAAAUGGAGGACACAAACCCUGAGAUGGUGACGUCACCGUUAGGUCAAGGGACAGGCAAAUCUAAGUUGGAUACACUUUCCAAAGAAGAUCUCAUCAAAUUUGCGAAGAAACAAAUGGCGGUAAUGCAGAAGAUGAAAUCAAAAUGUACAGAUUUAGAGAAGGAGGUUGAAGCCCUCAAAGGUCCUGCAAAUGACACAGUUAUUCAGGAGCUGAAUGAGAGACUGAAUGCAGUACUGCUGGAGAAAGCUGAGACUCAUCAGAGUUUAACAUCACUACACAAGGAACAUGAGGAGCUCAAGAGUCAAGCACAGGAAAUGAAGGAGAGGUUAUCAACACUUCACGAUGAACUGCAAAUAAAGAAUAAAGAGCAUGCAGACCUGGAGUCACACACUGCUGAACUCACUGCUAACUUUCAGAUGACCUGUAAUCAAUAUGAGUCCAAGAUAUCUCAGUUUGAAAAAGAACUGGAGGAAGCCAAGCAGCAGUUCACCGCUGAGAUCGAAGCUCUUAAAGACUCUCACCAGACGAGUCUCACACGAUCGCAGCAGGAGAUCGAGAACCUACAGCUGGAGAUGGAGAGACUCAACAAACAGUACGAAGACGACGUGAGAGACCUGGAGGAACAGCUGGAGCUGAACGCCGCAGACUUUGAGAAGGAGAGAGAACGGCUGCUGUCGCUUCAGGAUGAGCUUUCGGAGCAGCUAGCGUUGAAGGAGGGCUUCCUGCAUGACGUUCAAGAAGAAGAAGAGGACGGUGGUAGAGCGAUUCAAAAAGAUUUAGAAGUCCCUAAGGUACUGGAUUUCCCAGCGUCGGACGACUCGAGCGAUGAAGCUGCCGCGCUCAAAUUGGCUCUGGAAGAUUCACGCUCUCAGAACGUCAUGCUUCAGGAAGAACUUAUCUUUCUUAAAAAUUUAAAACUGCAGCUGGAGUCUGAGCUCAAGCAGGCAAAAGAUGAGUUCACCGUGGAAAAAGAAGAACUAGAGUUUAGGAUUAAUGAGCUUCAGAUGAACAAAGACGACGGUGUGACGCAUUUAGACAAGACAGGAAAGAGACGCAGAAGCUCUGUUGAACAACAUCAUCAGAAAGUCACAACCUUACAAGAAUCCCACGAUGAAGACCUGAAGGAAAGCAGUCAGACUUCUGCUGCUGAGGGUGAACUUCAGGAAGAGAUUCAUCUGAGCAUUUCUCCUAAUGACAUCCCAACAAACCUGGAAGAUAAAGCAGAACUCUUCAUCAAAAGAUAUGUAAUGAAGGAGGGGCAGAUGGAGGCCUCUGUUCGAGCUCUGCAGGAGAAACUAAAGAGCGUCUUUCUGGAGAGAGAUGGUUUGUUAGAAAAACUCAAAAAUGCAGAAGGAGCGUCAGAGCUGGUGAUGGACAAGCUGAAUAUGUCCUUCGAGGACUUGAGGAGGGAAAAUGAAGAAAUCCUAUCGCAGUUGAAACACAAGGAGAAUCUCAUCCUAGAGUUUAAAGAAAUGCUGAAAUUCACAGACAGGCCGCAUGUAGCACAUGAGGACGAUGAGCUGCGCGUCCAGUUCAGUGACUUGGAGAAUCAACUGUUGAUCGUAACCAGCGAGAAAGAGCAGCAAAUAAAGACUCUGGAGGAAGAUGUCUGUGCCUUACGUUCCAAAGAUGAAGAGCAUCAAGAGAGCAUCAGACUUCUUGAAACUCAAGUCUCGUGUCUGUCAGAAGAGAGGGACGCCCUCCAGAGUAACACGGAUAUCAGUCAGCGACAACUUUCUGAAGCUCGCCGUCACAUUGCUGAAAUCCUCAUGCAGAAUUCUUCUGAGGCUGAUGUCGAUGAGACAUCGGAUAUCUUGACCUUGAUAAACCAUCUGUUGACUAAAGUUCAGGAGGAGAAAAGUGUCCUUACCCAAGACUUUGAUGAAAGGGUCAAGCAGUUUACCCUAGAGCUGGAGAGUACGAGGCGGGCGGCUGAGGAGCAGACGUCCGAGCUGCAGGAACAUCUCAAGGACGUCAGCCGAGAGAAGGACCUGCUGAAGGCCAGUUUGGAUGACAUGGUUUUAGACACAGAGGGACUGCAGAAAGAUCUGAGUGAAAUUCAAGCCAUGAAUGAAAAGCUCAAGGGUGAAAACCUCACCUUGCUGAGUCAGGUCGAUGACUUAAGCAGAAGUCUAGAGGACAAACGACAUGAAGAACAUCAAUCAGAAGAAAGUGAGAUACAAGUGAGCCAGACGACAGAACUCCAGCAGAGUCUUGCUGAUAAAGACGCUCUUAUAUCACAACUAAGAGAAGAAAUUGGCCACUUACAGACCUCAGUCUCUGAUGAAGAUAUGAAAGUGUUAUCUCAUAAAAUAGAAAUCAUGGAGAAAGAGAUGAAAGAGAAAGACGAGCGGAUGAAUAAAAUUAAAGCUGUGGCUGUGAAGGCCAAAAAGGAGCUUGACAACAGCAAGAAAGAGGUUGUUGCUCUGAGUGAGGAAGUGGGAAUGUUGAAGGAUGAACGAGACAAAUUAUCAAGAUCCAUGAAGGACAUAAUCCAUGGAGCAGAAGACUAUAAGAAUGUGAUGGUGGAAUAUGACAAGCAGACUGAACUUCUCGAUAAAGAGAAAGAGAAACUGGAACAGGCAGAAAAAAAUAAUGAAGAUUUAACCAGACGUCUUCAAAACGUUAUUCAGCAGCAUGAGCUGUUAUCAUCUGAGCGGGAGGAUCUGAUGGUGCGAAUGGAGACGCUGCAAAAAAACAUCACCCAACUGGAGUCAUGUAUACUGGAGCUGCAAAAGCUGAACGCUGGCCUGGAGAAACAGCUGGAGGCAGAACGACUUGUAAAAGAGCAAAAGGCAAAGGACCAUCAGUCUGCAGUUAAAGACAUGGAGGAGCUUCAUGCUCAGCUGAGCAAACUCAAACAUCAGCUUCAGCAAACAACACAGGAACUGGAGCAGCUAAGAAAGGAUGCCCAACAGAAUACACUGUUGGACAUGGAGAUGGCUGACUACGAGAAACUAGUGAAAGAACUCAAUCACAAACUGUGUGAGAGAGACCGGCAGAUUGAGGAGCAUGAAACCAAAGAACAAAUGCAGAACGAACUGGAACAACGACUGAAUGAGGAAAUAGAGUCUCUGAAGGUGCUGGUAGAUCAGUCAGAGGAGAAGGCCUCCAAGAUGAAACAACUGCUUGUCAAAACCAAAAAGGAACUUGGGGAUGCAAAGCAAAAAGAAGCGUCUCAGAUGAUCACUCAGUCUUCUCUGAGAGGAGAACUAGAGGCUCAUCAACAACAGCUGGAGGAAUAUAAGAUUCAGUGCAGUAAUCUAACUGCAGAUCGACAUCGACUGGAGGAGCAGCUGAAGAUGAUGAACGACCAACAGCAGAGAGCCUCCAGCUCCUAUCAGCUCCGACUGAACGGCCUGCAGGAUGAAUGUACCGCUGCAAAGGCCGAGCUCGCAGCGACUGUGUCAGAGUUUGAGAGUUAUAAGGUGCGAGUCCACAAUGUACUGAAGCAACAGAAACACAAGAGCUCAAAUCAGAACGAUGGAGAUGCUUUCCAACAUGAGAGAAAGCAGAUGGACGCUGUGGUGGAGCAGCUGCGCAGCCGGCUGCAGGAGACUCAGCAGACCCUCCAGUCGAACAUGUCAGAACUGCAGCAACUGCAGACAGAACACGACACGCUGCUGGAACGACACAAUAAGAUCCUACAGGAGAGCGUCAGUAAAGAGGCUGAACUCAGAGAGAGAGUGCUGACGCUGCAGUCCGAGAACGUCUCGCUGAAGUCUGAACACGGACAGUGUGCGUCUCACCUGAGCGCUCAGACCGAAGCCCAGCGCUGCAGCUUUCGUGAGCAAAUGCGCCAUCUGCAGGACGAGCACUGCAGUACAGUGGAGACGCUGCAGCAGCAGAUCACUCGACUGGAGACGCAACUCUUUCACAUGCAAAAAGAGCAGAGCAGCAGCGGUCCGGCGCUCGUGCAAAGCAGAAAGUGUCCGGUGGAAAGGAAGCCCACUGACUUGCCUCAGUUUGAUCUGCAGAGUGUAGCCCGAGAGGAGGGCGAGGGGAUGGAGACCACAGAGACCGAAUGCAUGUCAUCUCCGGGGACCCCGCUGGCCUCUCUAGAGCAGCUCCUCACUGCACCGGACCCCAAACGUGAGCCUGUGAUGUGGCAGGUCGAACCCAGUAAAGAGGAACUUACUCAAAAACUCAACACCACCGCCCGCAGCGUGGAGCAUCUGAACGGUUUACUGCACGAGACCGAGGCCACGAACGCCGUGCUCAUGGAGCAGAUCACUCUGUUGAAGAGUGAAGUACGACGACUUGAACGCAAUCACGAGCGAGAGAAGUCUGUGGCCAACCUGGAAUACCUUAAAAACGUCCUGCUGCAGUUCAUCUUCCUGCGGUCGGGCAGCGAGCGUCAGGCGUUGCUUCCUGUCAUUCACACCAUGCUGCAGCUCAGCCCAGAUGAGAAGAACAAACUGGCUGCCAUCGCCCAAGGUGAAGAGGAGGCUGCUGGCUCCAGAGCAUCAGGAUGGACAUCAUAUCUGCACAGCUGGUCAGGGAUCAGAUAAAACACAUUCUCAACUUAAAAACGGACCAGAGAUCAGUGAAGGAAAUCUUUCACAGGACUGUAACAUAUGAAGGGUAUAUAAGUGAAACACUGAAUCUCCUAUCGUCUAUUAUCAUCUUGUCUCAUCAUCUUUACUUGGAUUCGGGUUAAUAAAGAUAAUUUUUUUUUAGUUUAUGAUUAUUUUUGCACAAACGUUGGUCUUGUUUUAAAUGUCAUAUCCGUACAGGUUUGUUUUGAUAUCGUAGCUGUAAAGCAGAUGAUCAGCAGAUUAAACUGUGAAGGUGUAUAAUCAUUUAUAUCAUCAAAUAAACUCUUUUAUUUCUUGAGCAAUAAUAUCAGAAUGUAUUUAUUACAUAAACAUUACAUGAAUCCAAAGCUAUUGAAGGUUAACGGUAGGUUAUAUUUAACUUUUGUUGGCUUUAUUUAAUUAUGGUAGUUAGGUUUAGUUUUGAUGCGUUUUUUCCUUGUGCUUGUAAAUCAUUGAUUUCUGUGCUAAUUUCUUCUGUUGCUUGUCAAUACUGUAAAUUGCAAUGCUGAAAAUAAAUCUAAUCCAAUAAAGAGUGACAUUGAA